AUGCUCUGGGUGAACUUGAUUAUGGACACAUUGGCCUCCUUGGCCCUAGCCACCGAAACUCCUUCAGAAGAACUCCUUGAACGAGCGCCUUACGGUCGUACCAAACCCAUUAUCGGUCGGCCCAUGAUCAAAGCCAUCGGUGGCCAAGCAAUUUACCAACUCACCGUCAUCUUCUACCUAAUUUUCGCGGGUGAAAUUUUACUGGACGUGGAUAGUGGAAGAGGUCUGUCGGACCAAGGACAAAAUCGUCCAACUGAGCACUUCACUGUUAUCUUUAACACCUUUGUCCUAAUGACGCUGUUCAAUGAGCUCAAUGCGAGAAAGAUUCACGGUCAGAGAAAUGUCUUUGAGGGUUUGCAUCGAAAUCUCCUCUUUGUGGGCAUCUGGGUAACUACGUUUAUUCUACAAGUGAUCAUUGUACAGUUUGGCGGAUAUGCCUUCUCUACACAUCCUCUGAAUGUUGAACAGUGGUUAUGGUGUAUUUUCUUUGGUCUUGGCUCUCUAAUUUGGGGACAGUUGGUGAUUUCAAUACCGGUUUGGGUUGUGCCUAAGCACAUUCUGCCACGCCGCAAGAAGAAGACAGUUGCGCGGAAAUCUGUCAUGUAUCAAGAAGUUGCCAUGGCUCCUGAAGGUGGUUUAAUAUCAGCACCUGACCAAUUAGGUGGUGGAGUUCCAGGCGCUGGAGCAGGAUUGGUGUCUACAGUUUUGGCUCCACAAAUGGUUCGACCUUUGAACUCUGAUGAGGAGAGUGAACUCUCUGAUUCUGAGGUCGAGUCUGAGAGUGAAGAAUCUGGAGCUGAAGAUACUGGAUCUGGUGAUCUGAAGAGCACGGGUCAGAUCCUCUGGAUUCGUGGCUUGUCUAGACUACAAACACAGGCCACUAGGGAUCAUGAUUUAGAUCACCGUAGUGACGAGUUCAUGGGUCGUGUACGCCGGUUCACAUUAAGUCAAAUCAAUACCGAGGGAAUGCAGCAUCCCUUGGUGUUGGCCGCACGUCGACAAAGUAUCAACGCUUCACAGGGGGGAGAUGAGAGUCGUCCCGCGAUUCAAAAUCGCUAUGGAGGGAUCAGCAGUCUGGAGGAAGAACCGGAAGAAUCGGUAGAUGAUGAAUCAGAUCGAUAA